AGUUGAAAUCACAACCUUGGAAGCCAUGAAGUUUCAUAGCUGAAUCCAACAUGGUGAAGAAGCAACAUCAGAAGAUUUUUGACUCAGACACUGAAAAUGCUAAGGAUGUGAUUGAAGAAAACACCAAUGAUUUAAUUAGCAAGUUACCCGACGAAGUACUCUGCUACAUCAUUUCAUUUCUCCCUUUUGAAUCUGCAGUACAGACCAGUUUCCUUUCAACCAGAUGGAGAGGCCUCUGGAACACUGCACUGAGACUGGUUGUGCAAUAUGGAAGUGUAGAAGAUAUUGGUAGUGCAACAGUUGCCUUUGCUGAUCAUAUUGAUGAACCCCAUCUAUCAAUAUGGAGGUUGCUAUAUCACUCUAACCUCAAAAUGUUGAGGAAUUCAAGGAGGCUUCAAUUUCAUUUUGGCCAGGGCAGUAUCCUCCUAGCUACCAUUGUUGCAAAUGAGAUACUUCAUCUGGAUUUCUCUGAGGGAAUGGAUGAAUUUUCAGGGGAGUUCGGUUGGCAUUUCGAGACCGACAAUCAUUCUCACUGGCCAGGCUUUUCUUCUCUUUCCAAACAUUCAUUUCCUCCUUACAUCUUUGUCAAGACUCUCCAUUUAAUAUCGGUGACCUGUCUUACCAGUGAAGCAGUUUCCUCCAUGGUUUCAAAGUGUCUCUUUCUUGAAAGCUUGACAAUCAAAGAAUGCCCUGGAUUACAAACUUUGCUUAUUCACACUGGUCAUAACUUCCACCACUUGACAGUUUUCAACUGUCUCCAACUGAUGUCUCUCUAUAUUAAGGCUCCUGGCCUUCAGAAAUUUCGGUAUGGUGGGCUACUUCCCAGGUUUAAAUAUGAAUCUUCUUCCUGCCUGAAAGAUGCCAUGCUUGAUUUUAGAGGAGGCCCCAGCUAUGACCCCUUAAAGUACAAGGACUUGAAAGCUUCAGAAAUUCUACCAGACAUCACAAAUGUUAGAAUUCUUACACUAUGUAGAUGGACUUUUGAGCAUAUACAAAUCAAGUUCUUGAAUCACUUUCUGCCAGAAGCGUCAAGACCCUGCCCAUCCAGAGCACAUUGGCCCUUUCAACUCGGUGAAUUAAGAGAAUUAUGGUGGAUUGAUAGCUCCAUGGAUAAACACAACAUUGAUGCUCUGCUUACCUUCCUGAAACUAUGUCCUUCCUUGGAGAAACUCUUCAUAAAUAUUGAUCCUAGAAGCAACUUCAUCCCAAGCAUAAGUCAUAAACACUCAAGUCAUGAAGUCGCUGAAUAUAAAAGAUUGGAUCAUCUUAAAGUCAUUAAAAUGGAAGGAGUAAUGAAUGAGGAGGAGAAGAUCAUUUCAUUGGCCGAGCAUUUACUUGAAGUAGCGACCAUGGAGCCACUAAUCAUAGCAAAAUCACAUGAGAAUCGUUUGUGCAGACUGGUGAAGGUCCAGUUGAGUAACAGAAACUGUAAAAACGUGCCACCCCCAUUCCAGGAAAAGAAGUAUUGUUAUCAGUUUGUGGAGGUAGAAGAAGGGUACAGUGAUGAGCUAUGUUUUAAACAUCCCCAUAUGGAUUUGUGA